AUGUACGGGUGGGCUUUUCCGGUGGAGGCGCAGCAGCAGCUGUUUGCUGCUGCAGCAGCAGCACUGCUGGGGAGCAUGCGGGAAGCUGCAGCAAAAGGAGCAGCAGCAGCAGCAGCAGCUGCUGCUGUUGCUGCUGCAGACCCUACUGCUGCACUCACCAGGCAGGUGACCCUCAUGCAGGCCCUCACAGCUUUGCUGCUGCUUCCGGUGCGCCGCCUGCUGCAGCAGCAGCAGCAGCGGCAGCCACCGGACAACCGAGCCCUCUCUAGCAGCACCAGCAACAGCAGCAGCAGCAGCACCAGCAGCAGCUUUGCUGCUUGGCAAGGGGCCCUAAGCGAGGAGGAGACAGCGCAGAAGGGCCCCUCUCUUGGGGUGUCUCUUCUUGACAGCCAGCUGCUGGCAGCAGCACCCCCUAUCUCGUGUCUCAG